AUGGACAAGACGGCGCUUUCCAGUAAUUGGAAGAAGUUGCAGGCGACCUUGAAGAAAGAUUCUACUGUCAAGCGCAAGCCCUCCGACCGCGACUCGGGAGAUGGCAUUGUGAAGAAGCGAAAGUUGACAGAGAAGCAAAAGCCAUAUAACAAAGACGCCAAACCAACCAAGCGCAAGAGAAUGUCCGAUAAGAAAGAGACUGGCGAUUCAGCCGAUGCACCAGCUCCAAGGAUCGAGACGAGUUCGCGUCACAAGGAAAAUGAAGGCCGUUCAUCAACCGCCGAACUAGGAAAAUAUGUCGCAAUGGAUUGUGAAAUGGUGGGCGUCGGACCAAACCCGGACAGUGACUCUGCACUUGCUCGCGUCAGUAUCGUGAACUUCAACGGCGACCAAGUAUAUGAUUCGUACGUGCGCCCGAAGGAGAUGGUCACAGACUGGCGCACGCACGUGAGCGGGAUUGCGCCGAAACACAUGGUGGAGGCAAGAAGCCUUGAACACGUCCAAAAAGAAGUUGCAGAUAUCAUGAAGGACCGGAUUCUCGUCGGUCAUGCCGUCAGCAAUGAUUUGGAUGCUCUCCUUCUCGGCCAUCCCAAGCGCGACAUUCGAGACACGAGCAAGCACGCGCCAUAUCGGAGGAUUGCAGGUGGUGGAUCACCACGUUUGAAGAUCUUGGCUGAGGAAUUCUUGGGAAUCAAGAUCCAGGAGGGAGCGCAUUCUAGUGUGGAAGAUGCCCGGGCUACAAUGGCUUUGUAUCGUCGCGAGAAGGAUGCGUUUGAGCGGGAGCAUUUGAAGAAAUGGCCUGCUCGGAUGAUUGCCGACAACAGGGAGAAGGGUGACCAGAAAAAGAAGAAGAAGAAGAAGACUACUCGCAAGCGCUGA